AGUCGGGUGUUCCCGUUGGUGGGGGCGGCUCUGUGAUUUGGGGGUCGCCUCGGGCGCCUGUCCUCAACCCGUCGGUCCAGGAUGGAACCCGAAGACGAAGCGGCAGCAGCGGUGAUGGCCGCGGGGCCACCGGCGGCACGGCUUCAGGAGCCAGUGACUUUCCGGGAUGUGGCUGUGGAUUUCACCCAGGAGGAGUGGGUGCAGCUAGACCCUACUCAGAGGACCUUGUAUCGCGAUGUGAUGCUGGAGACAUUCGGGCACCUCCUCUCUGUGGGUCCUGAGCUUCCCAAACCUGAAGUCAUCUCCCAGCUGGAACAAGGGGCUGAGCUAUGGGUGGCAGAGAGAGGAAUCACCCAGGGCCAACAUCGAGGAUGGGAGCCUAGACCUGAAGGCCAAGCAUCACCCAAGGAGCAGGGCCUUCUUGCAGAGGAGCCACCCCGUGCCACAGAAACGGAAGGAUUCCCAAGGGAUGCUUCUUAUCCCUCCACAUUAGGGGAAGACUGGCAGUGUGAGGGCCAGGGCCAGGCCCUCAAGGAGGAUCAGAAUAAUUUGAGGCAAUCAGAAUUUGGCCUUGAAGAAGCACCAAUUCAAAAUCAAGACUAUGAAACUCUUAGACUUGAAGAAAGCUGUGUCCUGAGUUCAAACCCAAACCCAUUCCCAGAUGUUUCUAGGAGAGAAUAUUACUGUACUUAUGACUCACAGGUUACAAACUCAGAACAUAACUUGAGCUUAGUCAGUCAGCAGACAGCCUUCCCAGAAGAACAGCCCUUUGAAAGCAGUGACGGUCGCAGAGCUUCCAGUCAGGCCAUUUCGAUUACAGAACUCACAAAAAGCCAGGUGCAGGAUAAACCCUACAAAUGUACCGACUGUGGGAAGUCAUUUAAUCAUAAUGCACACCUCACUGUACACAAGAGGAUUCAUACAGGAGAGAGGCCUUACAUGUGCAAAGAGUGUGGGAAAGCCUUCAGCCAGAACUCCUCCCUCGUUCAACAUGAGCGAAUCCACACAGGAGACAAGCCCUACAAGUGUGCCGAAUGUGGGAAGUCUUUCUGCCACAGUACACACCUUACCGUCCAUCGGAGAAUUCACACAGGGGAGAAACCCUAUGAGUGUCAGGACUGUGGGAGGGCCUUCAACCAGAAUUCAUCCCUGGGCCGGCACAAGAGGACACACACUGGAGAGAAGCCGUACACCUGCAGUGUGUGUGGGAAGUCCUUCUCCCGGACCACCUGCCUUUUCUUGCACCUGAGGACUCACACCGAGGAGAGGCCCUAUGAGUGUAACCACUGUGGGAAGGGCUUCAGGCACAGCUCCUCCUUGGCCCAGCAUCAGCGAAAGCAUGCCGGGGAGAAGCCCUAUGAGUGCCGCCAGAGGCUGAUCUUUGAGCAGGCACCAGCUUUGAUGAAGCAUGAAUGGGCAGAAACCCUCGGCUGUGACCCACCUUUGAGUCAAGAUGAGAGGACCCACCGAAGUGACAGACCCUUUAAAUGUAGUCAGUGUGGGAAAUGUUUCAUUCAGAGCUCUCACCUCAUCCGACAUCAGAUAACUCACACCAGAGACGAAGAACCCCGUGGACGUAAGCGAGGACGAGAGCCACCCUUUGGCCGGAACUCAAACCUUGGCCGGCAUCAACACUUGAAUUCGAGAGAGAACCCCGUGGGUGGGGCAAAGGCAGGGCAGCCGGGAAGCAGGGCUCUGACCUUGUUUGACAUCCACGAAAUCAUGCAAGAGAAAAACCCUGUGCACGUUAUUGGGGUGGAAGAGCCUUCUGUGGGUGCUUCCAUGUUAUUUGACAUCAGAGAAUCCACAUAGGAGAGAAAAUCUGCAGAUGACCUUUGAACCACAGGUAUAAAAAUGUGUUGCACUCUAGUGAAGUUAAACAUACCAUCAGCAUCAAAAAUUGGAAAGAAGGAAAAUGGAUUGUGGCAUAUCUCAGUAUGCAAAAACUGAUUCCUGAAAAUGAACUGCAGAAGGAAUGCCGGAUUGACAGGGUGUAGAGUUGAAUGGAAGAAUGCUCAUCCUGGAAAAAUAUAGCAGCAGUUCUAAUAACUGUUGGAAUGGUUGAGCAUCAGAACUCACUGCCAUCAGAACUUCCUGUGUCCGUUUUUGUUCUUUGGAUGCUGGGAGUGUCACAACUGAUGGGGUUUCCAUUGGAGCAGAGGUGGCUUCCAGGAUGCUUGGAGACAGCUUUGCAAUUCAUCUCUAGAGGGUCUGCAAGACUCUUCUGAUGCCCCGGGUAUGUUUCUCUGCACUCACCUUUUCCUCUGGGGUUGUCCUCACAUGUUUCCUUUUUCAGGUUUCACUUUUCACAGAGACUCUGCCCUCAUACCUUGGCCUGCACCACCUUCCAUUUCAUUCUCAGCAGAUAACCUUCCAUCUACAUAGCUAAGAAAAAGUGCAUCUUCAAACAAACAUGCCUCAAUAAUAGUUUUGUGAGGCAGUACCAUUUUACAGACAAGGAAAAUUAGGCAUAGGACAAA